AUGGAUAAUGUUUGGGAGUUGUUAUUAGUACGAAGUGCAGAAGAAGAUGAGAUGGAGGGUGAGAUAAAGUCGAAUUAUUUACCGAACCAAAUGGGUGAAACAAAUAUGUACGUAAUACUAGCAAAAUACCUAUCGUUUGGCGGUCCGAAUGGUAAUGAUAAAACAACACAGUAUUGUGAGUUUCUAUUAGCAAACUUAUACGUAGAUGAUCCUGAUCGUGAUCAGGUACAGAGAUGGCUCAAUCAAUUCCAACAAGAACAGACUGCUAAUACGCGGAGAAUCGACAUGACAAGAUCAUUAUUGGUACAGCCACAAGUAUUUUCGAAGCCAAUUUCUCCUGGUUGCGUUAGAAGGAUUGAAAAUGAACGAAAUGACUGGAUAUUUCGCAAACCAAUAUUUAUGGAUAGACUCAGUGAUAAAGACGAGUUCAAUUGGGAAGUGAUAAUUCAUGGUCCCACAAAUACACCUUAUGAAAAUGGUAAAUUCAAAAUUCAUAUUCGAUUUACAGAACUGUAUCCCUUAAAACCACCAAAUUGCCAAAUGGUGACAACAAUUUUUCAUCCAAAUAUAGAUAAAAGUUCGGGCGAAAUUUGUUUAGAUUUACUGCGUGAAAACUGGAAAUCAACACUCACGAUUGGAAAUAUUUUAAAAGGAAUUUUUGAUCUCUUACAAGAGCCCACUGCCGAAUACUGUAUGCAACCAGAUAAGGGCAUUUUAUAUUUAACUAAUAGAGAUGAAUUUAACCGUUUAGCAAAAGAAUAUACAGUAACAUAUGCAAUCUAA